GGUGAUCCAAUCAUAGAAUUGAUUAAUGUCAUUUAUGAAUACAACAUAUGCAGAGAGGAGGAACAUGGCGGACAACAUAAGCUUUAAAGGGAUGGCGGCUUGAGUGGCAGUCUCGCCGCUGGGCCGCCCGACGCCGCCCACACCCUCCCGCCACCCAUUUUGGAAGCAGUUUUCCACCCCCAACUUCCGUAUUAUCACCCUAAUAACCUGUUGCCAGGAUUGGCAGCACCUUUAUACGCUCGGCAGUGGUGAAGUCACGUGAUUGGCCAAGAUGGCAGAAGGAAUGCUUUCUUUAUCUUGGAACAAUCAUAGUUCAACUUUCUGCCAAAUGCUAUCUGCAUUACGAGAAGUGGAGAGAUACACAGAUGUGACUGUAGCAUGUGAGGGAAAAUUCUACCCAGUACACAAGCUGGUGCUCUCAACCUGUAGUGAUUACUUCUUGAAAAUGUUUGAAUGUACUCCAUGCAAGCAUCCCAUCAUUGUCCUGAAAGAUGUCAAAUGUAAAGAUAUGGAAGCUCUCUUAAGCUACAUGUAUGCUGGCAUAGUUAGUGUGGCUCAGUCUGAUCUAGCUCAGCUGAUUAAAGCUGCAGAACUUCUGCAAAUUAAGGGGCUAGCUGUUCCUGAUGAAGUUGCAUUUAGCAACAGAAAAGUGCGAAGCAUGACAGAUAGUAGUAAUAGUCCGCAUCCAAAGCGACAUAAACGACAUGACUAUUGUAAGGAAGAAUCACAAAGUAUUGAGGUAACAUCUCCAUUUUCUCCGGAUUAUGGAGAUGGUGACCAGCAAGACAGGACAGAUGCUUCAGUUGAGUCAGAGACAGUAAAUCAAAAUUCAUUCCAAGAAGAAGAACAUACUCUUGAAAAUAUAGAAAUUUGCCAAGUUCGCUCAAAUAAGGACAAUACGUCUGUUAGUCCAGCAGAAAAUCGAGGGGAAAAUAAAACCUCUUCACAAGUGUGUCCCACAUCAAAUGAUGAGGCAAUGCUGGAUGAAACUAUGGUUAAAGAAGAAAUGGUGGAUGAAGAAAAUUGUAUUGGAGUGACAACCACAGAGUUUGACUAUAGCACUCUUGGGUCAGAUGUGGGUGAUGAUAAUGAAGCAGAAGAUGAUUAUUCAAAUUUAGCUGUACAUUCUAAAUAUGAGCAGCCAUGUCACAAUCAAUCUUUUCUCCAACGUCAGUUCCAGCCGUCUGAAGCAAGUUCAGAAAUUCAACCAGGACCUUUACUACUGCAAGGGUGGCAGAACUUGAGUGAAGUUGGUGAAGGUACAGCAGGCCAGGGGUUCAGCAGUGAUGUAAACCAAGAGGCAUCUCUUACUGGCCACAUGGACUCUCAGCCUCUCUACCCCUUGGUGCAGCUGAACAGUGAGAGUCAAGCAAGCAGUUCACGUGGAAGCUUAGAAGCAGUAAAGGUCUCCACAACACUGAAGAAGCUGCACCAUAUUCUUUCUAAAACAAGAACACCUGAUAAUGAUUCAGCUUUAGUACAAAAUUCAGAGCUCAUUCAGGAAAAGCCUUUUUCUUGUAUAUUUUGCUCAUUCCGUGCUGUCUGUCAAAGCAAACUGAUUGAUCACCAACGAACCCAUACUGGAGAAAGACCAUUUUCAUGCCCAUUUUGCCAAGCACAAUUUGUAAGAAAAUCCCAUCUGAAGCAACACCUCAGUACUCACACAGAUGAGAGACCCUAUACCUGUCAAUACUGCCCAUAUCGGUCUCGUAGGAUGAGCACUCUGAAGAAGCAUCUAGACACACACACAGUGUAAAAUGUGAUGUAUGAUGGUAUUAUUCUUGAUAUACAUUCAGUAGUUAUUCAAAAGAUAUAAGUUUCAUGCAGACAAUGAGCCAGUAACAUGACUGAAGAUAUGAUGUCCAAACCACACAUCAGAAAAUUAAUGAAUUAUUACAUGACUUGAUAAUGGCCGAAGAUGAACUGAAAUAUCAUCGUUUCUUCAUCUUCUGAUGGGUAGUUUGAAUAAUAUACAGCUUUCAUUUUUAUGCUAUAGUUAAGUUUCUAAUGAGAACUAAGGAGCAGAGAAUUCAAAAGAAGCAGAAUUACUGAUGAUUAUUUAGAUAUCUGUAAUCUAGAAACUAGACAAACUAAAAAAGGGGCAUGCAUGGACAAGAAAGUUGGCUAUAUGAAAAUUUCACGUGCAGACUUAUCUUUCGGCAAAAUAGGAUGCCAACAUGCCUCAAGAUAUAUUAGGCAAUUAUGACAGAAUUGUUAACUCUUCAUCGAAUAUUUUUUUUUUUAAUUAUAUAUAAACAACAGAAAAACUGAUACGUAAUUAAAUAUCCUGGAGACAUAAUUCACCAAGUAAUGAUGUUCACAUUUCAAAAUAUAUCAGUUAAAAUUGGUACAGUAAUCUAUUUCCUACAAAAUGUCUGAGUAAUAUGACUAAAAAAUUCUCAUAAACUAAAUAAAUAAAUAAAAACAGUGGUUGUAAUGGAACCCAAUAACUGGUCAAUAAAAGUUUUCUUACUCCAACUCUUAAGCAUACUGUCAUUAUAACAUCAUAUUGCACCUUAUUUAUGUGUUUUGAUUUUGUUAUGGCAUUUUGAGAUGUACUUUACAGUACUGUAUAUUGUAUAUGCUGAAACCAUAUAUCUUUAGAUUGAGUUUCUUGUAAAAAAUAUUAUAAGUGUAAAUUGAUACUAGUAGAAUCCCUUUUAUGUGAGAGAUUGCUUUCUUAUUACAGUACUGUACAAUAAUUCCAUUAUGAUGAAUGCACAGUAUCUUCUGAAAUCCAAUUGGAUGUACAGGUGGACCAACAUUAAAGAAAGUUAGACAUUUAACACUAGGGAUCCACUCUUUCAACCAUAGCCAAUGCAUAAAUAUUACACUGUUCUCAGAACCCCAUAAAAUGUUUAUACUUUUUUUUUGGGGGGGGGGGGUCAUUUCUAAUGUUAUUUAUUGGGUCAUAACUAAAUUUUUCAGUGGUUCAGUGUGCAUAGCAUUGCUGAAUAUAUACAGCAAUGAUGAAAGUGAAUGAUGAUGUCCAAGAUUGUAAGAGAGAAAUUAUCACGAGCUCAAAAUUUGGCGAGGUGUCAGGCAGUUUACAAAUACUAUACAGUCUGUACUGUAUAUGCAUCACUUGUGCAUAAUACAGUACAGUAUAUCAUGAUGUACAAAAAACAUAACAUACCGUAAUUAUAUGACAAGUCAUAGAAAUAGGAUUGAGGGAGGUAUUUCUGGCAGAUAUUUGGUUUAAACUGUUAGAUGAUAAAGGUAUGUGAAUUUUUUAGGGAAAGGAGGUAAUAGGGGUGUGUGCUGGCUGGGGAAAAGUUUGGGACUGAAAGAAAAAAAGUUGGGGUAAAAAAGAACAGGAGCAGACACAGGCAUCACCAUAACAACACCCUUAAAUGUAUACCACACAAAAAGCAGGAGUCUUUAAAACAAAAUAGAUGAUUGCUGUGCACACAAGUGCACCUAAACAAUAGAUAUUAUUGUAUUCCAAUAACAGAAACAUGGAUGAAUGUAGAAAAAGUGAAUUGACAGAUAUACUGUAUAAUCAGUAUAUAUAAUAAUUUAUAAGUUAAUACUGUAUAUCAAAUUAACAGGUAUAUAUUAUUUCAUACUGAUAGAUAUUUGACGACAUGAUGUAUCAUUAUAUGUCAGCAAAUUUGAACUGUAAUGUCAAAGAGGAGGAAUGAAAAUUUCUGAGGAAUAAGAAAACUCUGUGAAGGUACCAAAUUUCCAUGAAGCAAAUUAUGUGAUACAGUACCUAUUAAGAAGUUACUUGGGAAGGGUAGAUUGGACAGACCAGAACAUGAGAGGUGGGCUGUCUCUGGGACGUGAUGGGAGUCAAGAGGUUGGUGACAUGACAGUGGACUGGGAUGUGAAUUCAACUUAUAAUUCUAUUACAAUAAUUUUAAUGUCCAGGAACAAAGUUCAGUACUGUAUAAAUUGAUUAGGUCAUAUAACAAUGAUCCAAAAUGGAUGACCAAGGGACUGAAAAAAACUUUAUUUGGAAUAAAAAAAGCUCUAUAUAAUAUAACAAAUGAGAAAGGAUAUUUAAAACAACAAUUAAACUAUUAAAAACAGUUAAAGAAAAGAAACAAGAAAAGCAAAAAGAAAUUAUGAGGUAUGUGCAGCAGAUAGGCAAAAAUAUACCCCAAAGAAUUUUUCCAGAUAUACCAAAGACUAGAUAGAAGACUGGUCCUUUGACAAAUGAGUUAGGUCAUGUAACUGAUAAUGACAAAGAAAUAGGUAGCAUUCUAAAUAAGUACAUUAUUUAUGUAUUUACUAGAGAAGAACUUGACAUUUUACCCACACCUAAACAAAUUAUGUAUGGAAGGUGGUGAAGAAGGCAAGUUGAAUUGUUUAUGCAUUACCAUGGAUAAAGUUGUUAAACAGUUUGAAAAAUUAAAGUCAAACAAAUCUUCAGAACCAAAGUCUUUGACAAGAUUCUAAAUGAAUGUAAAGAAGAGAUGAGAUGCAGUCCCCAUGACGCAGUGGUAAGACACUCGCCCAGCGCUUUGGCCUGGGUUCGUAUCCUGUCUGUGCAGGAUUGACUGGGCGCCAAUCCUUAACUGUAACCUCUGUUCACCCAGCAGUGAAUGGUUAUCUAGUUAAACAAUUUGGUGGCUCGUUUUCCUGGGAAACUUAGGAUAAAGGACCUGCCUGAAAUGCUAUGUGUGCUAGUGGCUUUACUAGAAUAUAAAAAUUCUUGCAUAUAUAAAUAAAUAAAAGAUCUAAGUGAUCCCAUAACAUUAAUAUUUAAUAAAUCAUUAAUCAAGUAACACGGAAAGCAAAUUAGGGAGAGUUGCAAAUGCUGUGCCCAUCUUUAACUGAAGAUUCAGGUUACCAGAAUUCAAAUUAGCAAGAUUGAGGUAUUAAGUCACCUGGGUUAAAUAUGAUGGCAGAAAAAAUGUUUUGUAAAUCAUAUUAUUCCGACCUGUAGUGAAAGGGUUAAUAUGGAAGAAAAGGCUAAAUUUAUGUAGCAAACAUAAUCAUGGCUGGAGUGUUAAGAUGCUGGCAGACUUUUUUUUUCUUUCCUUUUUUGCAGGUAUAUUCCUGCAUGGGCCCUUAGGCUUCUGACUGGCCCAUUUGGUGCUAGCAAUUGCACCUUUUCAGGUAAAAAAAUGAAAGUGAAUUAUGAUGUCCAAGAUUGUAAGAGAGAAAUUAUCACGAGCUCAAAAUUUGGUGAGGGGUCAGGCAGUUUACAAAUACUGUACAGUCUUGUAGGUACCAUACUAGUUAUAUACAGGUUGAUUUUCAGUGAGGGAAGUAAAAAUUAAAUUGGUGUUUUUUCUUGCACAGGCAGAGUGGCACUUUUGAUGACAGCUACACCCCAAGAGUUAAUAUUGUAAUGAGACCAGUAUAAAUUACAGUUGUCUUUAAAAUUGAGAUUCUACUGUAUAAUGCUUUGUCAGAUGUAGCCAUAAAGGUGUGUUCAUGUAGUGUAUAGACAGGAAAAAGAAUGAUGCUGCAAAAAUCACAUGACUGGCUUUUUUAAAAUGACAACAUAGAAUUUAAUUACAGAAAAACAAUUAAUCUGUGCAUGAAAGUAUUCAACAAAGCAAACACAGAUUUAUUGAUCAUAUUAUGGUUUUAUGGUAGAAUUUAAUACUGUACUGGCAGCUUGGGAGCAGUGUUCAGUGGACAUUUAUUUUUUGCUUUUAAUUUGAAAUGAAUUUGCUCAUUCAUAUCUAAGUAGUUUAAAUUAAAACUUGUUUUACAAAUUAACAGCCUGGAAAGCAAUUAAGGGAAUUAGUGCAUUGGUGGAUAUAUUGUUCUUAUUACUGUGUGGUUAAUCACACACUUUGUGAUUUGAAACGCAGGGUGAAAAUUUUUGUAUGCUGAUCUGAUGGGGAAACUAAUGAACAGUAAAGCUUCAGUGAUUCCUCACUGACUUGCUGAUGAAAACCAAUAUUUUAGUAAGUACGGUACUGACACUUGCUUGCCCAGAAACACUACAAAAAGUUAAUAUUG